AUGGAUCUAUCUAUCUAUCCAUGUCCGUCUCUCUCUCACUAUGUAUGGAUCUAUCUAUCCAUGUCACUAUGUAUGGAUCUAUCUAUCCAUGUCCGUCUCUCUCACUAUCUAUCUAUCUAUCUAUCUAUCUAUCUAUCUAUCUAUCUCAGCAUGUGUGGAUUUGUGUAUCUAUCUGCCGCAGUCUUUUCAUAUCUAUCUAUCUAUCUAUCUAUCUAUCUAUCUAUCUAUCUAUCUAUCUAUCUAUCUAUCUAUGUCUGUCUCUCUCUCUCUCUCUCUCUCUCUUCAGCAUGUGUGGACGUGUGUAUCUAUCUAUCGCAGUCAUUUCAUAUCUAUCUAUGUCCGUCUCUCUCUCUCUCCCUCUCUCUCUCUUUCCCUCUCUCUCUCUUUCCCUCUCUCAGUGUGUAUGGAUAUAUCUAUCUAUGUCCGUCUAUCUCUCUCUAUCUGAGCAUGUAUGGAUUUGUGUAUCUAUCGCAGUCUAUUCAUAUCUAUCGCAGUCUAUUCAUAUCUAUCUAUUUAUCUAUUUAUCUAUCUAUCUAUCUAUCUAUCUAUCUCACCUUCACCAUAUCUAUCUAUCUAUCUAUCUAUCUAUCUAUCUAUCUAUCUAUCUAUUACCGUUCAUAUAUUUCUGUUUAUUCGCUUCUCUUUUGCCUGUCAUUCUCAACCAAUGAAUAG